AUGAACCCAACACUCCGAAAGCUCCCCCAACAUUGGCAAGAAAUCCUAACCAAUUACACCAUCACCUCCCUAACGUGCUCCUCCGACCGGCUCAUCGCCUUGGCCGGUGUUGUCCAGAACAUCAAAGACCCCAUUGGUCUCAACUACCUCCCGGGCUUGGGCACAUGGAAGGAGCUCAGGCCGUUUGAUCUCCUCUGGAACUUCCGACGGAUCCUAGCGCUCCGUUUCCCCUGCGACGCGGGUGCGCCGUCAUGGUCGUGGGCGGCUGCGGAAGGGGCCAAGGAGUUCCAGAUUGAGGGAACAAUUGACUGGAGAUAUUUCACGGAAGACACUCUGAGAUAUGUGGCUCAUCUUGUUGGGUAUAGGGAGGAGGAAGAGAAAAACCAUCAAGGAGACGCCACAGAAGGAACAAGCUUGGAACUCAACAAGAAGAAGACAAAAAUAGUCAUUCUCGUCAAAGGCUUCGUCAAGGACGCAUUUGUUUACGGCCCAUAUCCGGGGUGGGGCGAGUAUCGCGUGAAACUGGAGGGCAAGAGUGAGGGAGUGGUGGUUCGUUGGGAUGAACAUCCGGUUAUGAAGAGCCUCGAGGGCCCAGACCAAGAGAAUGAAGGCUUUUGUGGACCAAAGGAGUGCGGUGCUCUCGAGCUUUUGCUCUUGAUUCGAUGA